AUGGCGAUCACUGCAAAACCCGACUACGCAACUCCGAUGUUCGAUUAUCGAAAUUACGAUGUCAAGGAGGAGAAUGUCGAUGAGCUCGUGACUAGAAUUACCAAAGCUCUGGUAGAAUUAGAAGAUAAAGCAGGAAUACACAAAUACACGAUUGCCGAUGGCAGAGUUAUAGAUAGUACGAGCUGGAACUUUUGGGAAUGGCAACAAGCUAUCGGUCUUUACGGACUUUUCAACUAUUACAACCUCAAAACUACACACAAUCAAUCGUCCCCUGAAGGAGCUCGAACGCUCAAGAUUAUCAAGGAUUGGUACACCGCUCGUGCCGCUGAAGGUGGCACAACAAAGAACAUCAAUAGUAUGGCUGUAUUGUUAACUUUGGCUUCCUUGAUGGAAGUCGAGUAUGAGCGAGGUGGAAUCUUCACACCCGACGAAAAGACGUUAUACGAGGGAUGGAUAGACGAAUGGGCUGAGUGGGCCUAUCAUGAUUGCCCAAGAGCGGAACAAGGCAUCUUUCAACACAUAACCUUUCGUCUAGAGAAUAAGAAUCAAGUCUGGGAUGACACACUAAUGAUGACAGUUUUGCCCCUUGCGAAAAUCGGCAAAUUGCUCGAUAGACCUCAUUACAUAGAAGAAGCGAAAUACCAAUUCGUUCAGCAUGCUCAAUAUCUAAUGGACGGUCUUACCGGACUGUGGAAUCACGGGUUUGAAUUUGACGGUCAAGGCGGAGGACAUGAUUGGGGACAUAUUGCAUGGGCUAGAGGAAACUGUUGGAUUACAAUUGCCAUUCCCAUCUUCCUGGAUAUGAAUCAACUUCCUUCCACAGACCCUGUAUACCGAACUUUAGUCUCUGUUCUUCACAGACAGGUCGACGCCCUCGUCAAGCUCCAAGACGAGGAAACCGGACUUUGGCGGACAUUGCUCCUUGAUGAGACUAGUUAUGUAGAAAGCAGUGGUAGUGCAGGCUUUGUUGCGGGAAUGUUUAUCGGAAUGAGAACCGGCAUUUUGCAGGAAGACAAAUACCUGUCGACUGCCAUGUCCGGUCUCAAAGCUUGUAUAGCUCAAGUCACGCCAUCUGGAGCUGUUCAGAAUGUGUCCAAAGGAACCCCUGUCAGUACUGACCCCAAUUUCUACAAAACAAUCCCAAGAAUCACGGUCGGAUUUGGACAAUCGUUACCGAUCAUGGCAUUGGGAGAAUGGCUCAGAUAUGAGAAGGCGAAGAAUCCCCAGAGCUAG